AACAACCUCACUCCUUCGAAACAGUCAUGGCGUGUGGAGCCACCCUGAAGAGGACCAUGGAUUUUGAUCCGCUGAUGAGUCCUACGUCCCCGAAAAGACGAAGAUGCAUCCCCGUGACCCCCUCCUCCACAUCCUCAUCUCCUAGGAAGUAUCUUAGCAUGGAGCCCUCGCCAUUUGGGGAGUCAUCGUCAACACUUAGUGCAGAACAAAUUCUCAACAGCAUUAAGCAGGAGUACAAACGCAUUCAAAAGAGGAAGCAUCUAGAUGGAGGCUACCAACAGUCAGAGUGCUGCUAUUCUCCAGAGUCCCCAUCCCAGUCGUCUACUAUGAAUGUUUCCAACAUGCCAGGAACGUCCUCUGGAUGCGUUUCUCCUUCUAGAAAAGAACAGCCAUUAUUCACCCUCAGACAAGUUGGAAUGAUUUGCGAACGCCUGCUUAAAGAAAGGGAAGAGAAGGUGCGGGAGGAGUACGAGGAGACUAUGACCUCAAAACUGGCAGAGCAGUAUGACACCUUUGUGAAGUUCACACACGAUCAGUUAAUGCGGCGAUUCGGGGAGCAACCUGCAAGCUAUGUUUCCUGAGUGUGGCACAGAAACCUUUGCAAGACGGCCUUCCUUUGCUGCAAGCUAUCAGCGAUAUCUCAAGAAAGGAAGAAGAAGAAAAAAAAAAAAGAAGCUCAUCAUCGCAAGAGAUUCAGUUCAGCCAGUUUAGAUAAAAGUUUUCUUACUGUGCCAUAUUUCUGUCUUUGGGCAAAGGUUUAUAUGAAGCUGUCGUCAGUUGUUACCACAUUGAUGUAAGCAACUAGGUGCUUCCUGAUGUAAAUGAAUGGACCCUAUCUCUACCAGUGGCCUAUGUUCCUCCCGCUGUAUGUGUAUCUACAGUUAUCUCACUUUUGUAAUUGUUCCCGGCAUUCCAGGCUUUGUCACUCGUUUUCUGUUUGUUACAUGUAAAUAUGAUGAAGCUACAGAGUUUUACAUGAGGUUUGCUGGUCAAUCUGAGAGGAAGUGGAAGAAACACAGCUGAACAGAGGGACUAUGUUUGCAGUUUGUUCUCUGUUCAUUGCUUUUUAACUCAGCAUAUAGUGGGCUAAUUCGAUUUUUUUUUUGUUUUUGUUCUCCCUACCAGUGUUUUAUUUAUUUUGACUUUUGUUUUGCUGGUAUCACUUUGAAACCAAUGUACUUAUUGGACAAAACAAUAAAAAAUCUUUUAAGAGUUGA